CCUGGGAUCGGCAAGUUUACUGUUAAAGAAACCACCCAGGCAGGAGGGCGACACACAGAGAGGAGCACAGCCGAGAGGGGAGCACACUUUACCCAAUACAUGAGACGGAAAUUAUCACCCCACAUCCUGGGACUUACAUUUCCAACCAUACAAGUGGAGCAGCCGGCUGCAUUGUAGCUGAAGAUGUCAGAUAAUGGGGAGGUCGAAGACAAGCCCCCAGCUCCGCCCAUGAGGAACACAAGCACCAUGAUCGGCUCCUGCAACAAGGACCCCGCCCCCCUUAACCAUGGCUCCAAGCCCCUCCCACCGAACCCGGAGGACAAGAAGAAGAAGGACCGCUCGAUCAGAUUCAUCCUGACAGGAGGGGGCGACAAGACCUAUAAGAAGAAGGAGCGUCCAGAGAUUUCUCUGCCGUCUGAUUUCGAACACACCAUCCAUGUCGGCUUUGAUGCUGUUACCGGGGAGUUCACUGGCAUGCCAGAGCAGUGGGCGCGGCUCCUGCAGACCUCCAACAUCACCAAACUGGAGCAGAAGAAGAACCCACAAGCUGUGCUCGACGUUUUAAAGUUCUACGACUCAAAGGAGACGGCCAACAGCCAGAAAUACAUGAGCUUCACAGACAAAAACACAGACGCCUACAGCUCCUCCACCACGACACAGAGCUCCAAGGCCGUGUCGGAGACGCCCGCCAUCCCGACUGUGUCCGAGGACGAGGACGAGGACGAAGCAGAGCCCCCACCGGUGAUCGCCCCCCGACCAGAGCACACCAAAUCAAUAUACACACGCUCAGUAAUCGAGCCCCUCCCUCCUCCGCCGACCAAAGAUGCCGCCACCUCCCCGAUCUCCCCGCCCACAGCUGCUGCUGCUGCUGCUGCUGUUACACCUGCCCCGCCUGCAGAGGGAGCUCCCGGCAGCCCACCCAGUGCAAGCCCCGCCCCUGGACCAUCUGUGCCCCGCCCCCAGGACAAAACCAGGAAGAAGAAGAUGUCAGAUGAGGAGAUCCUGGAGAAACUACGGACGAUCGUCAGUGUUGGAGACCCCAAGAAGAAAUACACACGCUUUGAGAAGAUCGGACAGGGGGCGUCUGGGACCGUGUACACAGCUAUAGACAUCGCCACAGGACAGGAGGUGGCCAUCAAACAGAUGAACCUGCAGCAGCAGCCAAAGAAGGAGCUGAUCAUCAACGAGAUUCUGGUGAUGAGGGAAAAUAAGAACCCAAACAUCGUCAACUACCUGGACAGUUACCUGGUGGGUGACGAGCUGUGGGUGGUGAUGGAGUACCUGGCUGGAGGAUCGUUGACUGACGUGGUCACAGAAACCUGCAUGGAUGAAGCUCAGAUAGCUGCUGUGUGCAGAGAGUGUCUCCAGGCGUUGGAGUUCCUCCACUCGAACCAGGUCAUCCAUCGAGACAUCAAGAGUGACAACAUCCUGCUGGGCAUGGACGGCUCCGUCAAACUCACCGACUUUGGGUUCUGCGCCCAGAUCACACCAGAGCAGAGUAAACGCAGCACCAUGGUCGGGACUCCGUACUGGAUGGCUCCAGAGGUCGUGACCCGCAAAGCGUACGGCCCCAAAGUGGACAUCUGGUCUCUGGGCAUCAUGGCCAUCGAGAUGGUGGAGGGAGAGCCGCCGUACCUGAACGAAAACCCACUCAGGGCGCUGUAUCUCAUUGCAACCAACGGCACACCAGAGCUGCAGAACCCGGAGAAACUGUCGACGACAUUCAGAGACUUCCUGAACAGAUGUCUGGAGAUGGAUGUGGAGAAGAGGGGGUCGGCUAAAGAGCUCCUGCAGCAUCAGUUCCUGAAGAUGGCGAAGCCUCUCUCCAGUCUGACCCCUCUCAUUGUGGCUGCCAAGGAGGCUGCCAAGAACAACCGUUAGCUAGCUUUGCACUCAUUAUUCUGUCUGUCAGUCUCUCUCUUUCUCUCUCUGUCCCUCCAUCCUCUCCCUCUUCUCUCUUCCUCUGUUCCUCAGCUGCAGGCUGGGUUACAUAACCUUACGAAUGCCUCCAGUCUUUCUCUCCCUCCUUCUUCUUCUUCUUUUGUUUUAAACCUGCUCCGCUUGCCGUCUCCCCUCUGUGACCUUUGAUCCCGAGCUUGUCCUCCCUCAUCUCCUUCCCUCCCUGCCUUCCAUCCUUCCCUGAAACCCUCACAGGGAGAAAAACGGAUAGUUCUUCCUGCGACAUCUUUUUUCCGCUGGACUCGGACAGAAAGCCAGAGGCGUACUGAUGACAUCAUCAGUCGAUCUGUGAUCAGGUGAUGUCAUCGCUGAUAUGAAAACGCCUCGGCCCGUUCGAACAAUCCAAAACGAGAGACGGAGAGUUCUUCCUCAGAGCCCCCGAGACUCACGGGAGCUUUUUUUUAAUCAGUUUGUUUGUGUGUUUUUUUUUCUAUCUGGUCUGUUAAAGCCCCCCAACACACACUGCAGAGUGUGUGAGAGUGUGUGUGUGUGUGUGAGUGUGUGUGUGUGUGAGUGUGAUAACUACCAUGCUUCCUGUCAUUCAUCCACAGGUUUCAGUUUUGAUCUCAAAGUGCGUUCGAUAAUUUUUUAUUCUAUCUGACUUUUUUUAAAUCAACAUUUCUGUGUGUGAGUGUGUGUGCAUCUCUGUGUGUGUGUGUGUGUGUGUGUGUGUGUGUCCUGCAGGUGAUGUUGGGGUGUGGAGUUGAUUGUAGCGUAACUUUCAGUAGUUUUUUGACAUUGAGCAGGUGAGGUUUGGUACUUUGUUGUGUCUGCAGUGUGAGCUGUGAGUUAUAGAUUAUUAAUAUUAUUGAAGUAAGGAAAGCCUGUCGAGCCCAGAGCCACCGAUGGACCCAGUUUGGAGGUUUUCAGGACUUAAAUGCUGCCAUGAGAUCUCUCCAAGACGCAUUACAUUAUUUUAUUUUUGCUCUAAAUGCUGAUGCCUUUAUUUGGAUUUUCAACCCAACAUGUCUCAGCCUACAGGUCCCUGCAGGGCUCAACGUUAGACAUGGGUCGCAGGUUUAGUUCUUUGCUGUCAGGGGAGCUGGAUCCUGAUAGAAGUGUAGAGAAGUAAGAGAGGCAGCUAGUUUCUUUUUCUUUUACAUCUAACAGAGAAAAAUGAAAGCAGCAGAAGCUAACCCACCUUCUGCAUUUUGAUCCCAGGAAACCUGAGGAGUUACACAUGACUGUCUGUCAAUCAGAAGCUUUGUAACAACAGUUUCUUUUCUCCUCCUUAUAAAAAAAGAUGUCAGAAAGCUUUAAAAAAGUUGUAUUGAAAGUGUAGCGUCUCAUUUUUUCUACCCAGAAUCCACCAAACUGGCUCCGUCUGCAGCUCUGGGACUUCACCGUUUGUGCACUCGACACUGUGAGGGGGAGAAUGUGCAUGUCAACAACCUUUUUUAUACGGUACGAUUUAAAGAUGGAGGGAAAAUAAAGCGUGUUGUGAUGAUGCUGAAACGUAAGAAGACGGUACAUGAAGGAUGCUUGUGUACGAUAAGACGAGAUCGUAUCUUAAUCCUAUUUUUAAAGGAAUCAGACGAAUAAUGGUACGAUGGUUUCUGUCUUCCUGUUGGACGGGUGGAUCCUCAGGAGACGCUGAACAUAAGGUGUAUAUUUUAUGUGCAAAAAAACAAAAACAGAAAACUGCAUUGACAAAAAAGACAACAAUCUGUUUCAGUGUUUGUUUACAGACUCACUGUUUUUAUAUUUGAUCACUGUCCAUAAAUGACUUCACAUGUUUUUGAUUUGGAUGCAAAGAGUUCAGUUUUUGUUUUGGGUUUUUUUUUUUCUGCAGAAUUAAAGGAACAGAGUUUUUUCUCGCUCUUUAAAAAAAAGAAAAAUCCUCUUAGUGGCGAGUCACAGGUUCAAAUCCUGCAGGAGCCAAAGUCUGGACCAGGAGGUGGUUCGCUCCACUUUGAAGCGUCGGAUACAAAAAACAAAACAGACGCAUGCAAUGUAAAUACCCAGCAGACAUCUCCAAAACAUCUGUUCUGAGGGUUUGAUUUCUGCUCUUCUUCAGUUGUUUUUAUUGUUUGUAUGUAGUGUUGAAGUACCUCUGGCCUUAAACUGUUCGAAGGUGAAGACUACUUUAGACCCGGUCUGAAGGAAACGACACAGCAGCAACUACAUGAGGCGGCAGUGACUGAAAACACUGCUCGACUGAUACUAUUACUUUAAAUAUUAAUAAAUCUGAUGAUUAUUUACUACAAUCACAAAACCUGAGCUCACUUAUUGCUCCUUAGGACUACCAGUGAAAACAUUCAGAGCACAGCUGCAGCAAUAACUGCAAUAACACAGAUCUGAACCCUUAAAACUGAUGUGAUCCAAGACUGCUGAAGUGUCUGAGUGAGACACUAAAGCAUGCACACGCUCUCAGUCUGCAUGAAUCUGUUGCUGCUGUGUGUCGUGUGUCCUGGUCUGAACCCCUCAGAGCAGAUUCCUCCAAGAGAACCAGGUGAAUCAUAAAACAUGAAAUGUUGUUUAUUAAAAGAGAAGGUACUCUGAUCAGUGAGAGUCUCGUGAUGUAGAAAAACAAAGGACUGGUACUUUAGAGAGUCUUUUGAAUUGUACCAAAACGUCACUUUUGCCACGUAUAGGUCCUUUAAUCAGCUUGAGGUUGUCUUCUUAAAGACCAGGAUCUGUGUUGAUGUGAUGGAUCCACUUAAACUGUCCAGUUUGUUUAACCUGCUGCAGGUCAACAGAUCGUUUCAGUUUUACAGCUUCAUGUUGGAUAAUAAGCUCAUUAAAUUAAGAGCUAAGCAGCAAAAAAUAAUAAAAGAAACAGAGAUGACAGAAGAAAGAAACAUCUCAAAGCUCAGUUUGAUUUAGAAGUGUUAUUUAGUGGCUGUGACUGUUAAAGCCUUGAUUUUUGGGCGGUAAAUUACUGUCUCUGAUAACCAUCACAUGCAGCUUUGAUAGAUCAGAGUCUUUAAGACACAAACAGACUGUUUCCUCCUCUAACAAUGUGAAUAACUCUGGUAAAUGAUAAUAAAUGCAACAUGUAGGACAGAGUCCUAAGAGCAGCUUUGUAGGGGGUCCAGACCUGGUGCACCUCUAAUACGACGGUCAAAGAAGUCUUCCCUCCCCGGUGUCUCAGAGCCAUAAUUUAUCUGUUUUUAAGUCAUUUUGAUUUUUGGAAACAACUCUGGAAAAUGAAAAGAAUAAAAGUGUACAAAAACUGGAAA